AACGUACGAGGAGAGCAUAACCCAGACAAAAACAGAGAAAGGGGUCUCCUCCUAGCGGGUCGUUUAACAGCUUGAGCCUCAAAAGUAUCAAAACCCAAGCUUGGAUCUCUAAAAGGAGGAAGACGUAGACAGGUUAACGCUAAAACACACCAACCGCUCAGCCCUCCCCUCCCUCGUCGGAUAUAUAUAAAAUAACCUCCCUUUUGAAACAAACAAUCACACAAGCAGGCUCUGUCAUCACCACCUUUUAUUUCUUUUAGUUUCUGGUGUGUCUGUUCUUGUUGCAGAUAUGUUUGAAUCUUAGGAUGGGUUGGGCCUGAUUUUCUUUCGGUUGAUAGUUUUUCAUUGUUUCUGAUUAGUUUUGAUCUCAAAAUGGUGAAAGUUAAUGGAUCUAUCUGGUGGGGUUGGCUUCUUGUCAGAUCUGAAUUGAUUCAGAUGAAAAUAUGGGCUUGGAAACUGUUUUUCACUUCAUAAUACAUCUUGUUGGGGGUGGCUUGGUAAAGCAAUUCUUGGAUAUCCUAGCUUAGUGAAAAUUAAGGGAAAUUUAUAACCAAGUAAAAAAAAGAGAAGAAAAAUAAGGCAAACCAUGAAUUUGGUUCAUAUUCUUUGGUCCUCUGUAUUUCUCAGAAAUAACAGCUUCUGAGGAUAUCAAGAGGAAAUAGAAAGAGUAACACGUGGUGUAAAUGGCCUCCGAGAGGGAAUGUUUCGACCUUUCAGGGCCAUUACACCUAACUUCCAUUGAUUGGCAGAAUACUCAACAUCAAAGGUCUGUUGCUGCAUGUUUGGUUCAGGGUGUCUAUGUUGUUGAGCGGGACCGCCAAGAGGAACGUGAAGGGCCCCAAGCCCUUGCUCCUCCUUGGUGGGAGUUCUUCCAUUUUAAGUUGCUCCGCAAGCUUGUGGAUGAUGUUGGUUUCUCAGUCUUUGGUGCCAUUUAUGAAUUCAAACCUCCUCCUUCUCUUUGUAACUCCCCAUUAGAGGGAAUACCUCGUUUUGUAAUUGCCUUCCGAGGCACCUUGACGAAGAAUGACUCAGUCUCACGAGAUCUUGAGUUGGAUGUUGAGGUGGUCCGAAAUGGACUUCACCGGACAUCUCGCUUUGAGAUUGCUAUGCAAGCUGUCCGGAAUAUGGUUGCUGCAGUAGGUGAUUCAAAUGUUUGGUUAGCUGGCCAUUCCUUAGGGUCAGCCAUGGCAAUGCUUGCUGGAAAAACUAUGGCUAGCAAUGGCAUUUUCCUCAAAUCUUUUCUCUUCAAUCCACCAUUUGUGUCUGCCCCGAUAGAGAGGAUUAAGGACAAGAGAGUGAAACACGGGAUUCGGAUUGCAGGCAGUGUGAUUACAGCAGGCCUCACUCUUGCUAUGAAGGCUAAACAACAACCACAACAGAGAAGUCAUUCAGAAGAAAACCCUUUCACUACUCUGUCUGCAUGGUUCCCUGGUCUAUUUGUCAAUCCAGCUGAUGACAUCUGCUCCGAAUAUAUCGGGUAUUUUGAACAUAGGAAGAAGAUGCAGGACAUUGGAGCAGGAGCCAUUGAGAGGUUAGCAACCCAGAAUUCUCUUGGGGGUCUACUAAUGCAUGCAAUGGGAAAGCAGCCAGCGCCGGAGCCUCCAUUGCACCUCAUUCCUUCUGCAAACCUGACAGUUAAUUUGACCCCGUCACGGGAUCUCAAAGAAGCCCAUGGAAUUCACCAAUGGUGGAGAGACGAUCUGCAACUCCAGUCUGAGGUUCACAAAUACAGAUAGUUUACGGUGUGAUUGUUCUGAUUAUUUUCCAUGUACUCGUGGUUUUAAGUAGUCAAACAGCCUCCAAUCUUGUUUUCAUCAGUCAUGAUUUUGGAAAGAAUAAACUAAAGAAGUGAAGAAGUUUACUAGUUAAGGAAGAAGAGCAAGUAGGGAGCUGCUUGGUUGUGUGAAUGCAAUGGCAUAUGAGUUGUAAAUUAUGAGUUACAGAAAGGAAAUUUCAUUUGAAGUUA